AUGUGGAAUGCGACAACAUUAUACUCGAUAUUCAAUACGAAGAUAAUUUUAUUGCUCACAGGUUUCUGGUCCAGGCGCCAUGACCCAAACCUCCUGUUCAUCAAAUUUGAAGAGAUGAAGCGAGACUUGCCAGCGGUCAUCAGGAAGACGGCCAAGUUCCUUGGGAAGACCAUAACCGACGAUCAGGUCAACACGCUCUCCGACUACCUGUCCUUCCAAAAUAUGAAGAAGAACAGAGCUGUUAACCUGGAUGCAUUGCUUGAGAGGUCUUUUGGGAAGGAAUACUUGGAGCAAACAGAACUCAGGUUCAUCAGGAAAGGAGAAAUCGGGGACUGGAAGAACUACAUGUCCGACGAUUUGUCUCGAAGAUUUGACGAGUGGGCCGCCCAACACAUCCAAGGGACCGGAUUGAGUUUUGACUAAGUUACGGUUACGGUUAUGGUGCUUAGAAAUACAACUGCGAAGUAUUAUUUCUCUUUAAUACAAUUUUCUGUAAUUUUAUUGUGAAAUAAAUGAGUUUUAAUUUA